AUGAGAUCCUGCCCACAGCGUCGCCUCCUAACUCUUGGCUUCCCCAGCGUUUCGCGCACCCUUGGCGGUAGAAGCUCAGCAGUGCUGGUGCAGCGCGGCUAUGCGUCGUCAGUAUGGUCGCACGUGCCCAAGGGUCCUGAGGACCCCAUCCUGGGCGUUACGCUGGCCUUCAACAAGGACACCAGCCCCAAGAAGAUGAACCUUGGUGUCGGCGCCUACCGGGACGACAACAACAAGCCCUACAUUCUGCCCACCGUUCGCCAGGCCACUAGCGACCUCCAGAAGCGCCUCGAUGAGGGUAAGGAGGACCAUGAGUACCUGGGCAUCGUGGGCGACCCCAGCUUCAACAAGGCCGCCAUCAAGCUUGCCCUCGGCGAAAACUCGCAGCACAUCAUCGACAAAAAGGUGGUGACUGUUCAAGCGCUCUCCGGCACCGGUGCGCUGAGGAUUGCGGGAGACUUCCUGAACCGUUUCUACACGCAUAACAAGCAGAUCUUUGUCCCCACCCCGACAUGGGCCAACCACAUUCCUCUCUUCACCGACGCCGGGCUCGAGGUCAAGUACUACCGCUACUACGACAAGGCCGCCAACGGUCUCGACUGGAAGGGGCUCAUCGACGACAUCAACAGCGCUCCCAACAAGUCGAUCAUCCUUCUGCACGCGUGCGCUCACAACCCGACGGGUCAGGACCCCAAGCUCGACCACGGUGAUCCUGAGAAGGAUGCUGCGGCUGUCCGCUACUUCGUGGAACAGGGCCACAACAUCGUCCUGUGCCAGUCCUUCGCCAAGAACUUUGGUCUCUAUGGCCAGCGCAUUGGAGCUGUGUCUUUCCUUACCUCAACUCCCGAGGAAGCUAUCAACGUGGAGUCCCAACUGAAGAUCCUCGUCAGGCCCAUGUACUCCAACCCCCCGAAGCAGGGCGCUAAGAUUGUCUCCGCCAUUCUCAAUAACUCUGAGCUCGCCACUGAAUGGCGCAAGGAGGUAAAGGGAAUGGCCGACCGGAUCAUCACCAUGAGGGAUCGCCUUGUACACGGCCUUAAGGAAGCUGGCUCGACUAGGGACUGGACCCACAUCACUGACCAGAUUGGCAUGUUCUGCUUCUCUGGCCUUUCUCCUGAACAGGUGGACAGGCUGGCCAACGAAUUCCACAUUUACAUGACCAAGAAUGGCCGCAUCUCCAUGGCAGGUGUUACCUCCCACAAUGUGGACUACCUUGCCAAGGCCAUCCAUGAGGUCACCAAGCAGUAA